UGUUAGCGUUGCUUCUGAAUUCCAUGAGCGUAAUUACCAGCUUCCGCAAUUACAAUGCGUUCCUAGGAUUUCUUGUUUGCCUCAGGCGCUGUCAUACUUGCUUGUUUUCAGUGCAUAACAGGUAUAUACAUUAAUUGUUAGUUCGUUAGUGGCAGCAAGUCUUGGCUAUUUUGCCGUAAAGCGACUCAACAACCCACUUGGGAGUCGACCCGGCGGCCAUCUUAACAUCGGCAAGCUCUCAGCGCAAAUCCUUAGUCGUCAUUUGUAUUGUCGAGGAUUAAAGGCGCAUGGCGGCUGUGAUUGCGAAGCGUAUAAACAUUAGCUGUCGAGGUGCACGGCCGAGGAUGUGUUGUGUUGUCCCUAAGGCAACGUCAGUCCUUCCGCCCAAGCAAGCACUCAAGGCUACCGCACCGCUGGACGGCGCUUUGCACCCACGGACUGCGUCUUACGUGAACUUUUCAGCAACGGCGGUUGACUUUUAUAAAGUCUUAGCUCGCCUGGAAGCUGCAAGCUAUUUUGCGCGAGAAUCUCAGUCCGUAUUGGGGGCUUCUGUUCCCGGACCAAAUGCUCCGCAGCGCAAACCCUGGACAGGCAUCUUCGAUGGCCUCUUUGGUGGCUCGCGCAUCAGCAAACAGACUCAGACUGAGGUCCUCGGAACCCUAUCUGGUUCCGACGAUAUAAUGCCCUUACGUCAUGCCGUCGUCAUGUUCACCGCGACCUGGUGUGGUCCGUGCAGCGUGGUGUACCGCGAACUAAAACUGGCCGUGGGCAGGUUGCAGGGUCGGCCUCCCACGGCCAUCAUCGUGAUAGACGUCGAGGAAGAAAAGGAGCUGGCGUCGGAACUGGGCAUCAAGGCUCUGCCCACCCUCCUCUACCUGAGUCCGGAUGAAUCUCGGGGACCAAUCUUCACCCUGGGUCCCGUGUCCGCAUCGUUCAUCCUGGACGCCAUGGACCGAGCGGUGGAUUGCGGUGGUCGCAACAUAAAAGCAAAGUGGCUCAAACUUUGAUAGUACUUGCCCCAGCUAAGAAUUGUGCACAAGCAGCAGCGACAUAGCGGAGUAAUGUAUCAUAGAAUAAUGAUAUAUAUUCGGGGUUUCAUCCCUAAAGCGAGUGGCGAAGUAGCUAUUUGGUUUGUGGUGCCACGAGUGGUGACGUGAAGGCCAUGCUGUGUGCGCGCACGGUUCUGGGGCGGGCCCAGAACUCCUACACACGUCGCAAGUGUUCUUGUUGUGAGUUCUGAGGUGCGUGAUGCUUUUAGGUGCUUUUGAGCUGAGGAAGAAUGCUUUAUCUGUCAAGCGGAUGAGUGAAUGGCCAAACAAAAAGCCUGUUGAGAGGAAGACACGGCAGGAGCGCAGAACG